AUGUGGAAGCUGCAGCUUCUGUCUCCCAUGAUGGAGACUCUGAACUCAGAAGAGCUCUGCUUCCCACAGCUCCUCAAUGCCUCCUGCAGGAAGCCGCCUCAGCAUCAUGAGAACGUUUUCAUCUUCAUGGUGUUGUGCCUUCUGUCUGUGCUGACUGUGACUCUGAACCUGCUGGUCAUCAUCUCUGUCUCUCAUUUCAGGCAGCUGCACACCCCCACCAACCUCCUCCUGCUCUCUCUGGCCGUCUCAGACUUCCUUAUUGGGUUCUAUGUGAUGCCGAUUUGCAUUCUUCUCACAGAGGAUUGCUGGGUUUUGGGGACCUUCAUGUGUGGGAUGUUUAACUUCGCUGCUUUCAUUCUUACAUCUGUGUCAGUGGGAACCAUGGUGCUCAUAUCAGCUGAUCGAUACGUGGCCAUCUGUGACCCGUUACGAUACCCCACCAAAGUCACUCUGAGGAGAGUCCAAGUGUGUGUUUGUCUGAGCUGGGCCGCUUCUAUUCUGUAUAAUGGAGUGAUUCUGCGGGACUCUCUCAGAGAUCCAGACAAAUAUAACCACUGCUUUGGAGAGUGUCUGCUGCUAGUAGACAGUUUAACAGGAGCUGUUGACGUGGUCAUCACCUUCUUCUGUCCCAUCACAAUCAUUGUGAUUCUGUACAUGAGAGUGUUUAUGGUGGCUGUGUCUCAGGCUCGAGCCAUGAGGUCUCACAUCGUUUCUCUGCAGAGUUCAGCUCAACCGAGAGUGAAAAAGUCUGAACUGAAAGCAGCAACAGCUCUGGGUGUGGUUGUGUUCAUGUUUCUGGUGUGUUUUUGUCCAUAUUUCUACCCCAAUAUAGCAGGUCUGACAUACAAAUCCAGUGAUUUUGCAGCAGUUUUUGGAAUGUGGCUUUUUUACAGCAACUCAUGUAUAAAUCCACUGAUCUAUGCUUUUUUCUAUCCCUGGUUCAGGAAGUCUCUGAAGAGUAUUGUUACGCUGCAGAUACUGCAGCCUGACUCCUGUGAUGCCAACAUUCUGUAGACAAGUUGUAGUAAAGAGCACUUUUGAGGAAAUGGAGACUAUUUCAUGAUAUUUAUCUGCUUGUUUUAUGAGUUCUUCAAACGAAUCAAACUCAAAUCGUAACUGAACACAAACAGACAUAAGGGCCUUGUUUUGUUUCUUUUUCUUUUGUUUUUUCAUUUAGGCAAAUAAAGUUUUAAAAAAGUGGAGGUCCCCCAUCAUAUGGUCAUAUGGUCUCAGCACAUCCUGUUCAAUUCAAGACCAGAGUCUCUUGUACUAGAAUGAUACAUUUCCAUUGCAGAAGUACUCAUGAUAGUAAAAUAACUACAAUAAAGACUCAAUAUAUUAGCAUAAAGGAAUGCAGUUCUUCUUGUGAUUACCUCCUCAUUUUUAUCUAUUAACAGUACACCUAAGAUUUCUCAUGCUGACAAUCAAAACCCUCUUGUUUUUCUACCAUUUAAUUAUUUCAUUUUUUGUCAACAAUUUAGCAAAGUAUCUUAGCCUCUGACAAAGCCUUAGUUGCAACUGUCUUUAGGAUAGAUACUGGGGGUGAAAAUGGGCACUCAGGUGACUCUAAUUAAAUAGAAAAAUAGUGUGGUAUCAGGCCAAAGUCUGGCUAGUGACCUAA